AAUGUCCUGUCCCACUCCGCCCCCCGCCGCUGCCCCUCCAUGGAGUACAGCAACUGUAAGUGUGUCGUGUCGCCCCACAUGACCUCCCACAAGUCCAGGCCGGACAGAACAGGCCGAGAACUGCUGGUCGGCUUUCUGGGGAGUCUCGUCGGUCUCGGGUUGAGCGUGCCUACGUUCUUCCUGUUCCGGUCAUGGUUACGUCGAUGCCGCAGCCCCGGUGGUUUCAGGUGUAGCAGAAGGGUGAGCAAGGGGAACAAACCUGUCGGGGAACGCACCCGACGCUGGGUUGAUGGUCACAAUAUGCCUGCUGUGGAGACCCCUUACCUCAGGAAAAUGCCGCCUUCCGGUUUGAGCGGCGGAAGUGACGUGCGGAGUGUGGCAAGCGGCAAGACGAACGUGACCAACAUCUACCGGGCCACGUUCAAUGACGACAACAUACAUAGCACAGCGCCCAAGAAAAAUCUGACGACGUAUCGCUCUGGUGCCAAGGACUGGGGCUGAUACUAGUCGGUUGAACAACGAGUCCAUUUUCGUUUUGAUAAUGACAAGAUUUUUCUAUUCUAUCCUCUUUUCAUAGUUUUUCUUUUAUCUUUUAUUUCCGUAUGAGUUUUCAGCACUUAGUUUUAUUCAUGAUAGAAUUGUGAAACAUAUGUCUAGAUUUGUAUUUCGUGCUGUCAACGUUAGUGUUGUUAUAUUGAUCGUAAAUAUUUUGAUAAGUAGUGUUGUAGUUUAUUACAGAAUUAUUACGAGUAUCAUUAUUAUAAUGAUUAUUGUGAUUACCAAAACUAUUACCAUUCUAAUCAAUAUCCUUAAACGCCUAUUGUUGAUGUCAUUAUUAAUAUUACAGUAUUGUAAUUUCCUUAUUUUCCUGCUAGCCUACUGAUGAUUCUUGUGUCCAUAUUUAACUGUAAGAGCUGGCUGCCUUAGAACUACAAAGUUCUAUCUGCUCAGUGCCUAGAUUUGAGAAAUCUGACGUAUAAAAUGUUGAGUUUCACAUCUGUCUCGCUUUUCCUAAUCUGUCCCCGAGGUUUUAUGCACCCCGCAUAAUUUAGCCAAAUUUGAAUCAUUUUUUUGCAUAAUUUCUGAUUAUUUUUCUUUAUCAUUCUUUGUUAAAGUUAAAAUUGACAGAAUCGUGUAAUUUCACAUGUUUGGGCUCAGUUUGAUACUUUAUUAUGAUGAUGAAAGGCAGUGAUUUGACGAAAAACAAACUUUGUUGGAAUCAACUUUUGUCCUCUUCUUUAUUAUUAAAUAGUAUAACAA